AUGUAUCAGCUUUUAUUAAACUCUUCAUUGAUACUCCCAACGUUUCUUCUUCUUUCAUCUUGUUUGCUGGAAUUUUGGAAUGGAAUGAAUAUGGUGUUGGUGUUGAGAAAUUUGAAACAAGAUUUGAAACUUUUUGUUGCCUUUAGUUAUGAACAUAAAUAUGUGCUAAUAUCCUCUAUAUCUUCCUUGUUUUUUCAUGUAUUGAUGAAUGAUGUUGCUAAUACACCCUUAAUUUCUUUCUUUUUUCAUGUAUUAUAUGGUGAUGUUGUUGGUAUGGAGAAACUUGGAUUUAGAGAGCUUUGGAGAUUUGUCGAAGAUAAUGGUGAGAAAGACUUUGAAAAGUACAAGGAAAAUUGA